AUGGUUGUUGUUAUUAGUGCAAAGAGGCUUAUACAAAUGGCUAGGAAGUGGCAGAAAAUGGCAACAUCUAAGCGCAAGACAAUUUCAUACCAAAGAAGAAACCCAGAUGAUUGUUAUUAUUCAUCGGCGGCGGCGGCGGCGACGACGACGACAAACAAGGGUCACUUUGUAGUUUAUAGUUUGGAUGAUAAGAGAUUUGUGGUUCCAUUGAAGUACCUUAGCACGAAUGUGUUUAGGGAACUUCUUAAGUUGUCGGAAGAAGAGUUUGGGUUACCUUCGAACGGUCCAAUUAGGUUACCAUUUGAUGGGGUUUUCUUGGACUAUGUCAUGUCUUUGUUGUUGCUUCAACAACGUAAUGUUCCUCAAGAUGUUGAGAAGGCAUUGAUUACUUCAAUGGCUGCUUGUCACAGCCAAGCUUCUUCUUCUCAUCAUGAUUGUUAUUAUGGUCUUAGGCAAAGCCAUGAACAAACUAUUAUCUAUGGCUUUUAA